AUGCGUCCCUCACAAAAGACAUCGAGUUGCGUCAUACCUGUAUUAUCCCGCAGUGAGGUUGGUGGUGGCCUCCUUUCGCUUUUGGCUCCAACCUACCAGCCCGCGAAAUCACGAUUCUCGAAGAUGGCGCGAACCAAACAACAGGCGUGGAAGACCAAGGGGGGGGAGGGGGCGUGGUUUUCCGAACAUGAACAGCGACAAAACGCAGCCAAAAUCCCGACGAAUCCGCCGACUAUGCAAACGGACGCGGAAGUGCCAAACCCGGAAAAAUUUAACCCGAACAAGGGCGACGACUAUCCAUUGGAUCAGGAAAAGUCAACCGCACCGUAUGGAAUUGUGACACGAAAGAAAAAGGCGUUGGAACUUGCAAAUGCCAGGGCUGAGUCCGCAAAACACAGCCACUAA